AUGUCCGUCGAGGGACUACUACGGGCGGUACGGCACUACACUGGCUGGUAUGAUGACGAUUGGUCUGAUUGGUUAUCGCAUUCGGUUACCAGUAAUCUACUAGUGGGAGCAGCAAGUGUUAUUUCGUACAAGGUGUUCGUCGACAAGCCUAUCGAGUGCAUGCCACCGAGCUUCUUCCCAGAUUCAUGGACUACGGUCAGAUGA